AUGGCUACUGCACCUGCACCACCGCCACGCACCAAACUCGGUCAGCAUCGUCUCCUUUGUCCCAAUGCGCCCAUACUCGUCUCUCCCGUCUGCCUGGGGGCGAUGGGCUUCGGCCAAAGAUUAUGGGGUGCGGCCAUGGGUGGUUGCAACAAAGAAACCAGCUAUGAGAUCCUCGACCGCUUCCAUGAUGCCGGUGGCAACUUCAUUGACACUGCCAACUUCUACAUGGGCGGGGAGUCGGAAGAGUGGCUUGGGGAUUGGAUGGCAGAUCGCGGAGUCAGAGACCAGAUGAUCAUCGCCACCAAGUUCGCGCUGCCCUUCAAAUUCCCGGAGCAAUUUCCAGAGGGAACCAUCACGUCCAACUUUGGUGGCGCCAACAGAAAGAGUCUGCGCCUCUCACUCGCAGAGAGCCUUCAGCGAAUGAGGACAGACUAUGUCGACAUCCUCUACGUGCAUGCCUGGGACGGAGUGACCAACAUCCCCGAGUUGAUGCGAUCGCUUGACGAUGUUGUAAAACAAGGCAAGGUCCUGUACCUAGGCAUCUCCAACUGGCCGGCCUGGCUGGUCGUCAAGGCCAAUGACUAUGCCCGCCAGCAUUGCUUGACCCCGUUUGUGGUCUACGAAGGGUUGUGGAACGUUGUGGCCCGGGAUAUUGAGCGAGACAUAGUCCCCAUGUGCAAGGCCGAAGGGAUGGCCAUCACCGUUUGGGAAGCAAUGGGCGCGGGCAAGUUCAAAACCAAGGCCGAAAAGGCCGAAAAGGGAGGGAGGCCCGCAUAUGAUCUCUCUGGAAAGGGGCUGGAGGCCUAUGAGCGCGCCACUGCAGCUUUGGAACGAGUUGCGAAGAGGAAGGGCACAAACGCUGUUGGGAUUGCUUUGAGAUACGUCACAUUGAAGGAGCCGUACGUGUUCCCAAUCAUUGGGUGUCGGAAAAUCGAGCAACUCCAGGCCAAUAUCGAGAAUUUGAGCAUCAAGCUCAGCGAAGACGACAUGCGAGAGAUCGAGGAAGCAGUUCCGAUCGACCUGGGCUAUCCUCACGCGUUUCUGUCGGGUCUGGCUGACAAGCAUGUUGGGCCGACGAGACCAUCAAAACUUGAGGUGCGCUGGGGAGGUUUUGAAGGCGUGGAAGAACCAAAGGCCAUCCCUUGA